AUGCCGAAAGAAAAAGAAGUCUCCACCCGGCUACUCCGUCCAACACUACCGCAUAUUGACUUGGAACAGGUCUUUUCCGUCGUCGAAAACUGGGAUUCAGCCUGGGAAAAUGAUGCGAAUAUUCGGAUUUUCGACGAGGGCAUCGCACAAUACAUGCUCGUCGACGAACAAUCACACCUGAAAUUCUACGCGGCCCUAAUCCUGUCAAAACCGUCAUUGAGAUGUACGCUUGUCCAAGACGAACCUGACGACGUCCUCGAUAAUGAAGCACACAACACAUUCGCUGUCUUCUACCGGAAUGGCAUCAGCCCGGUCGAGACGAAACAAAUCGACUACCUCCGCCAUACCCUCCAGAAACGCGGCUACCGCUUCAAUAGCAAUUUGAAUGCGGCGAUCGAACUGCUACGAGAUGGUGUGCGCGGCGAGCAGGCGCGCGGCGAUCAGGAGACGAACAAUUACGACAUGGAAGUCGGGAGGCAGGCAGUGAUGGUGAGCGAACGGGAGUCGACGAUAAAAAUCGGCGGACUCUACACAAGCGCACAGGGCAAGCAGGCCUAUAUGGGAGUGCUGGACGGCGUGGCCUCGUGGAAAGGCCGAGUUGAGGCCGAGCUCGUCGAGCUGGACGUCGUCGAGGAACACCUCAAACAGCGCGAGCAGCGGCUAGCCGAGUCGGCGAUGGCGCUGCGUGCCAUCAUCGCCAGCGCCGAGGGAGACCGUCACGUCUCCACGGCCAUCCCGGCCAGCGAAAUGACCACCCCGGUGUCGACGAGCUCGCGGAAGCGCACCAGCCCCGACCAGACGCUCCCCUUCGCCGAGCACAGCGACUCCUCCGAGGUGAAGAAGCGCAGAACCCUCUCCUCAAUUUCGUCGAUCGUGGACACGGCCCGCUCGCCAAUGGAUUAUCACGCUGGAGGAAGCUGGCACUACACGACGCAGCCCGGAAUAGAUUCCGAAUACUACGUCGACCUCGCCGCCGCCUCCACCUGCCCCACCAACACCCUGAUGGAGGAAGACAGCGAC